AUGGUUAUAAGUAUUCUCAUAGUCAUUCUUCUAUUGCUAUCAAAUGCUUUUGCAUUACAAAGAUCUGAUUGUAUUGAUCAAUGCAAUCCUAUAGAGGAUAAUACCUUAUUUGAUAAAUGUAUUAGGAAAUGCUCUAAAACGCCUCGAACAGAUAAUGUGCCUGACUAUUCAUAUUAUCCUUCACCUCCGACGAAUGUAUCCAUCAACACAACUAUCGUUAUAGAUAAUGGAAAAUUCUUAGAAACUACUAUCAAAUGGUUUGCAUCACCAGAUCCUGAAAGAUCUGGCUUCUAUCUUCGUUAUACAGCUCUAGAAGAUGGCCAUUGUGAGAAAGAUUUCCCUGGAUAUUUCAUCUCAUCUAUACCUUUGUAUGAACGAGAGCAUACAAUACCAGCGCUGUUCAACAAUCUACCUUUGAUCAUAAAUCAUGAUUGUAGUUAUCAAUUGGAAAUGUAUUCAAAGCCAUAUCGGUAUGGUGAUGCAGAUCAUAUGAUCAGCUUAAUCCAUACAGUACCUCAAUGCAUAGAUUCCUACUGUAAAUGCGUCUCCACAUCAAUACCCAAUGUUAUGGAUUUGACGGCUCAAGAGACACGAGCAGGAAUUUUGGUUGAAUGGAAACACAAUCCUUCACAGGGUCAUCGUUACAAAUUUUAUCUCACCUUACAUGAACGUUUUCAAUCUCCUCUGAAGUUUCGAGAUCCUACGGCUUUUCGAUAUCGAAUAGCAGAUAAUGGAGAGUAUGAGUUACAAGGGCCUGACAAUGCUACCUCUUAUAGUAUUACUUGGCAGCAUCUACUUCGCCGAGGAGAAGAAUAUAAACUCUCCAUAUUCAUAGAAGAUGAUCAAUUUUGUCAUACGGAUGAUGUGACAACUCUAUUCCACACGUCGAAAACUGAAGAUGUCUGGCUGGGGCAAGUGUUAAGCCCAUUACCAGAAGGAAGUGGUGUAAACGUUGUCUUAGAAAAUGGAAAUGUUACGUAUGUCACAGCUAGUGUGGAAGAAUAUGAAGACAAUUCAAAUGGGAAUGUACUGAAUGCUAUACAAUCUAUUAAGAAGAUUGACGGGUUGAUUCUCAUUAUAAUACUAUUGCUUGUUACACUCUUCUCACCUGUAUGCACUUUGGCUAUUUAUUAUAUUCUGAAGAAUCGUCGAAUUAAGCGGAGAAACAAAAUGACUGGUUUAGGACCAUUUUCUCUUUCACGAUCAAGGCAUUCCAUUCUUGAAACAAAUAUUCUUUACCAUCAACCAAUUGAGUUCCGAACUCCCCAGACAGAAGAAGAAUGGAUUAUAAGCACCCAGGAUGUAUCGGUUGGAUCCGUAAUAGGAGAAGGUGCUUUUGGAAUAAUCUGUAAAGGAACUAUGAAAGGUCCUAAGGGUAUGACCGUACAAGUCGCGAUCAAGCAGCUUAAAGCAAACGCCGUCGAUGAGGAGAAGGAAGAUUUCAAACGAGAGUUGGAUAUUAUGAAACAAGUUGGACGACAUCCAAACAUCGUCAGCAUGUAUGGUUACUGUAAGGAGAACAAUCUCCAAUGCAUGGUCAUGGAGUACAUACCUUUCGGAGAUUUAAAACAUUACUUACAAAACUUGAGAAAACAACUCUCUAUGGCGGUUACAACACUGAAAACCUCAUUGAGACUGGAUGAGACUUCACCAAUGCAUGGAAGUUUCUUCCAUGAUUCUGACACUCAGCUUCAGUACUCACUCGAUCCAUCAGAGCUGCAAUCGUUCGCUGCGCAACUAGCUUAUGGAAUGGCUCAUCUUGAAUCGCUUAACAUCACGCAUAGAGAUUUAGCCGCUCGAAAUAUAUUAGUAUCGGAGAACAAGCAGCUGAAGAUUAGUGACUUCGGUAUGUCCAGGCCUGGAGUUUACGUCAAAAUGAGUACAGGUGUGAUACCUCUGCGUUGGUUGAGCCCUGAAGCAAUCAAAGACAAUCUCUACUCUACCAAGAGUGAUGUCUGGGCGUACGGCAUCGUUUUAUGGGAAAUCGUAACGUUGGGUGGUUUUCCAUAUCCAACUAUUAGUGAUAAGGAUUUAUUAGAAUAUUUAUUGAGUGGCAGUAGAAUAGAGAAGCCGCUUAGCUGCUCAGAUGAAAUUUAUACGGUCAUGUCUGCCUGCUGGCAGUUAAAUGCGAAAGAUCGUCCAAGUUUCGCUUGUAUAUGUGAUCAAUUAGGAAGCUUGAAAUGUCCAUAUGUAGACUUUCCAACAAACGGAAAGUUACCACCAAACGAUGCUUUCGAACUUAUAGAUAGUGGUACCAUCCUAGCUGUUUGA